AUGUUGCAGAGAUGGAGCACAAAGAAGAGUCGGCUUCCACUGGUGGGUCUACUCUUCAUGCUCGCACUCGUCGUCACCUUUAUGGUUCUCUACAACCAGUGUAGCAUCCACCACACUAAUCGCGAGCAAGAUCUCCUAGAAACUUCCACCCUUACAUCUUCCGUCCAUCCCAAUCUUCCUCCUCGGAAUAAUCUCGAGGUUUUGGAUAGAUUCAGCCAGUGCAACUCGACGAAUGAGUACAGUGGCAAGAAAAUCGGAUGGUUUGACCACGACACGAGUGGUCAAGGCUCUGCUGACUUUGUUGCUGCUGCUGCUCCAAAGGAAGAGGAUAACAUUUGUGAUGUCUUCUCAGGGAAAUGGGUCUUUGAUAAUUCUUCUUCAUACCCAUUACACAAGGGAUCUGACUGUCCUUACAUGUGUGACCAGCUGGCGUGUGAGAAGUAUGGUAGGCCUGAUUUGGAGUAUCAACACUGGAGAUGGCAACCUCAUCCCCCCUGCAACUUGAAAAGGUGGAAUGCGACCGAGAUGUGGGAGAUGCUGAGGGGAAAGAGAAUGAUGUUUGUCGGAGAUUCUUUAAACAGAAACCAGUGGGUUUCUAUGGUUUGUCUCUUACAGUCUAUUAUCCCACGUGACAAGCAAUCCAUGUCUACUAACGCUCACAUCACCAUCUUCAAGGCUGAGGAUUACAAUGCCACGGUUGAAUUUCUGUGGGCUCCAUUUCUCGUGGAAUCCAACUCUGAUGACCCGGUCUAUCGAAAGCUGGAUGAACGGAUUAUCCGACCAGAUUCAGUUCUCAAACAUGCAUCAAAGUGGCAACAUGCUGACAUCUUAAUCUUCAACACAUACCUGUGGUGGAGGCGACGUCCUGUCAAGAUCCAAUGGAGCAGCAAAGAAAAAGGAUCGUGCGAGGAGGUGAACGGCGCGGAGGGAAUGGAAAUGGCUAUGAAUGCGUGGGCUCAUUGGAUUUUCAACAAUAUCGAUCCAAACACAAAGCGGGUCUUCUUCGUUACAAUGUCUCCUACACAUAUACGGAGCGGAGACUGGAACCCGGGAAGCGAGGGAAACUGCUACGGGGAGAAGAAGCCAAUAGAGGAAGAGAGUUAUUGGGGGAGUGGGUCGGAUAUUCCGACAAUGAGGAUGGUGGAGAGAGUGUUGAGGAGAUUGGGACCAAAGGUCUCAGUCCUCAACAUCACACAGUUGUCUGAGUAUCGUAAAGAUGGUCAUUCCUCGGUGUACCGAAAAUUCUGGGAACCUUUGAGCGAUGAAAGUUUGAAAAAUCCGGCGUCUUAUGCGGAUUGCAAUCAUUGGUGUUUACCUGGAGUUCCUGAUGUCUGGAAUCAAUUGCUUUUCCAUUUUUUGUGAUCAUUAC